AUGUCCAUGACUGAGGCGCGAACGUCGCUCAUUGAUUGGUCGCCGCACAAUCCCAACCAGUUUGUCAUUGCUGCGGAGGACCUACAGUUCUACGAGUUCUCAGAGAACUACGACUCGAGCAAGGACUCGCUGAGGUCGUCGUAUGACCUGCUGUCGGUCAACUCGCGACUGGCCUACCCGCGGGUACUGUGUGGAAUGGUGUCCGGAUGCCAACAUGCCGCACCUGCUCGCGGUGGGGCUCUCGUCGGGCAAGAUGGUGCUGACGCGGCUGACGCGGCGCGGGGCGGAGCCAACAUUGUGGAGGUCAAGCCUGUGACGACUCGUCCGGCGCUGGAUCUUGCAUGGAACACGUACUACCAGCAGUACAUUGCAGUUGGGCUGGACACGAUGAAGUUUGAGAUGUGUGCGCUUGUGUGGGACAUCAACGCGACACAGUCGCUCUCGCGCGACUACAUGGACUCUGUGGAGACCGAGUACGGGUCGAGCUCGGCCGAGUCUGCGCCGGAACGGGUGUCUGAGGUGUCACUCUCGCAGGGUGCGGCGUCGCUCGAGUGGCUGCCGUCGAUGCCCAACUGUCUUGCGGUGGGGACGGUCAAAUCGUGGUUCCACGUCUACGAUCUUCGGAUGGACGUGUCGCAGCCGAACGGGCAGCGGCUGCACAACGGGCCUGUGUGCGGGAUGAAGUUUGACACGCUCGCACCGCACCGCGUGGCCACGUAUUCACCGCAGACUGGGGUCAUCAUGGUGUGGGACAUCCGCAAUUUGACCUCGCCGAUCCGCUCUGUGCAGUCUGGCUCCAAGUCGCUCUCACAGAUUGCGUGGUCGCCGAGCUCGUCAGGUGUGCUUGCGUCUGUGGGCUCGGGCGACGCGUACGUCAAGCUGUGGGACUUUUCGUCGGACGACGACCUUGCGCUGGUGACGCCUGCGACGGCGUCGCUGAUGCAGUCCGAGUUUGGGUCGAUGAAGGGUGAGUUUGUGGCCGAGCUCUCCGACUACAAACCACGGGUGAUGCGGACGUCGGACCCACUCUCGUCGUUCUCGUGGUCGCCGCACAUUGCCAACCGUGCGCUCACCAUCUCGCUCUCGGGCAAUGUGGAGGAGGUCUCGCUCAACGGCCCGAUUCCGCUCGACUGGUCGCCGUUUUCGGACCUGGUCUUUGGCGUCGGCAAGAUCAAGUACGCUGGGCGGGUGAUCGGACCUGAGGUCGAGGUACGGGCGGGCGCAGGAAACGGCGGGACGACGACGCCGGGCGGGAGCGGGGGCGGCCAAGAUGGAAGCGGCAAGGGCGGGAGCGGCAAGGGCGGCGACGUGACGAGCGGCGCGACGGCCGGCGCUGGGGGCGGUGCGGCCGGCGGAGUGGCUGGCGGCGACGGGUCAGUGGCUGUGAGUGCGUCGCGGGCCGGGAGCGCGGCGGUGGCUGCGGCCGCGCUGCUUGCCGACGACCCGGCCGGGUUUGCGGCCAAGACACGAGCUGGCGGGCCGGUGGCGACGCCGUCGCAGCUCUCGUCGUCUUACAAGUCGCGGACGUUUGCAUCGAGCUCUGCGGCGGUGCGUGGCGAGAGCGGGAGUGGGCGUGCUCCGGCUGGCAAGGGCCACACCUCUGUGGGGCGGACAGUGCAGGGCUUUGAGGUUAUGGAGGUGUCGGCCAAGAUGUUUGAGCGGGCGCAGCAGGGGUACUCGAUGAACGCGUCGAAGAACUUGUCGAUUCUGGCGACGUCGCGGCGGACGUCGGAGCUGUACUCGCCAGGCCUAACCUUCCUCUGGGCGUGGCUCGACCGCGUGGCGAACCUUGUGGUGGAUCCUGCGACGGGGGCCAAGCUCGAGUCGCCGUACGACGGGGUGGGCGCGAUUUUCAGGCAGGCACGCUCGGCGUCGCAGGCGCAGAGCCCGCACCGCGCGCCGUUCUCGACAGCGUUCACGGUGUACAAGUCUCCGGCGCGUGACGCGGUACUGCGGAUGUGCAACUGGGUGCCCGGGUCGUUUAACGACCGGGCGUCAUCGGACGCGCAGCGGAAGCGGCGGGCGCUGGAGCGCAUUCUGCGGUCGCUGGAGAAGGAGCGGCAGUAUGAGCGGUCUGCGGCGCUUGCGCUCUUUCACCUCGACAUGAAGCGGGCAAUCCGUGCGCUCAAGUCGGACAAGUCGAACAAGAACCUGAGACUCAUUGCGAUGGCGUUUGCCGGCUUCAACAACGAGACCGACGGCCUGUGGCGUGACCUGUGCCUCACGCUACAGCCGCUGUUCGAGCACCCGUACCUCCGGGCGGCGUUUGCGUUCCUCUCGUCGGACGAGGACUCGUUCCUCCCGGUCCUCCUCGAGGGCGGGCUCGAGCUGACGGACCGGGUGGCGUUUGCAGCGCGGUUCCUCUCUGACGAGAACCUUGCGCUGUAUCUCGCUGAGACGCAGGCACAGCUUCUCUUUGCCAACUACGUCGACCUGACGUCGGAUGUGCAGACUGCCGCGCUGGCGAUGUCUGCGGUGGUGCCGCGCGAGCGCGACGACCCACAGGUCAACGUGUGGAUCGAGACGUACCGCGACCUGCUCGACCGGUGGCAGCUCUGGCACGUGCGAGCCAAGUGGGACGUGGCGCGGCUGGCAGAGACGGAACGGAGCGCGAUGGCGCGGCCAGCAGGGCGCGGGACGACGGCGGUUGCGGCCGACGUCCAUGCACGGUGCUUCCACUGCGACCGGUCGAUCUCGCACCUGAUGCUGGCGUCGUCCAAGCUGCGACAGUUUACGCUGUCGUCGUCGGCGCCUGCGGCCCGGCGGCGGCCCAAGGCGACGUCGUGCCCAUCGUGCGCACGGCCGCUGCCCAAGUGUGCACUCUGUCUCCUCCCGCUCGAGGUGGUGGCGACAGCUUCGAUGUCGAACAACACGACUGUCCGCGGUCGCAAGGUCAACUCGCUCGCGCCGGGCUCGGCGGCGUUUGACACGUGGUGGUCGUGGUGCCUCACGUGCCGGCACGGCGGACACGCUGGGCACAUGGACGCGUGGUUCUCGGACCACAACGAGUGUCCAGUCUCGGGCUGCGACUGCGUUUGCCGACGGAGCUGACGGCUGGUGCUACAGCUUAUUGUGGAUCUGCCAGA